AAGGAAGAUCCAUUUAAGAGUCUUCGACGGGAUCUCGGCUCUCAUUCAUUCGCUGAAGACCUCAAUCUUGAGGAUUUUAUCGCACUCAAUCUUUCUUCUAACUCGCAUACUCCUUCUUCCGUGAUACGUGAUACACUUAAAGUGAAAAUAGAUGCUGGCGCUGGCGAAAAUGGCUUUGAAUGGCUUAAUGAUUUGAUCUCUUGUUCCGGUCGUCCUCAAAUACCAAACAAUCUUACUUCUGUUCUUCGAGUUUCUGGCAGUAGUAGUAGCUCUGUUGCUGUAACUCCUGUCCGUCGUGUUAAGGAGCCCCCCUAUGCACCCCAUAGCGGGUCAGCCGGCCCUCUAUCCUCAAUUCUCAUUCCAGCUACUACACCAAGGCUUCUCCGUCUGCCGUCAAAACGCAAAACUGCCCAUUCUCAGCUAGUAAGUAAUACACCACUUACAUUCUACGAUAAAUUUGUGUUUAAUUUAGAUAAUGUUUUCACUACGUGA